AUGAGUUCCCUCGGCCAUCCUCCACUUUCCCGUCUCAUAUGUCCUGCCGAAAGAACCAAACACAAUCAAGAACUUUCUUGGAAGGGAGUUGAUGGGGUUUUUUUUCUUGUACUCGACAACUACUACAUUUUGAGCGGUGAAGACGACGACUCUUCCUAUUCUCACCAUCUUUACCCUUUAUUUUGGUGCAACAACAAAGAAUCAAAAGAAAAGUUCCGGUUCUCCUGCGGUGCUUGCCGAUGUCUAACAAGCGGUACAGACUAUUACUUUUGCAAUGAAUGUGACGAAAGUUACCACAAAGAAUGUGUCGAGUCUCCGCCUAUAAUGGAAUCCGUUUUUCAUCCCAAACACCAUCUCCAACUUGUCAGUUUGUGCCACAAAACCAACAGUCAUAAACUAUAA